UAAAAGCACCCACGGUGUCAGCAGCAAAAAUUCAGUCAUGAUGGCUUUCUUUUGGCAAGGUGCACUGCUUUUGAGCCUGGCAGCUGCCGUGUCGGUAUAUGCAGACAUGAAAGUGGACUGUAGGCCAGAUUUUGUGACGGUGGUGUGGACAGAGAGCAGACCUCAGGCUGAUCCGUCGCUCUUUCGUCUGGGUAACUGUUUUCCCACCAGCCUCACAGCCAGGGAGGCUGUUUUCAGUGUGGAUUUCAAUAAUUGUAACUUCAGGAGGAUGGUUACUGGGGAUCAGCUAAUAUACACAAAUGAUCUGACCUACACUUCCUCUCCUGAUUCUCACAUUCUCGCCUUCACUCACCCCGUUGUCUGUGCGUAUGAAAGGCCCAAAGACUGGCCCUAUCUGAUUUAUGACCCAGUGUUUAAUACAUACGGUCAUGGAGAUCUAGUGUUCCACAUUGGACUAAUGAAUGAUGACUUCUCAGGCCCGGCUGAAUCUACUAGCUUUCCCCUGGGCUCCUUCAUCCCUAUCAUGGCUAGUGUGGCGCAGAAGACCCAUCAGCCCUUACUGCUGCUGCUUGAGGAAUGUGUUGCUGCUUCCACACCCGAGCUGCAGCCUGAAAGCAGCAUAUACCCGAUAAUCACCAAUAAGGGAUGCCUCGUGGACAGCAAGAUAUCACGCUCGAAAUUUGAACCAAGGCAAAAAUCAUCCGAGAUCAAACUAUCCCUUCAGGCCUUUAGGUUUGCCCUUGGAGAAGAGGUGUUCAUCCACUGCAAACUUGUGGCUUGGGAUCCCAAUGGUCUUGACAACACCAAGAAGGCCUGCCAAUAUUUCAAAGAUCAUGGCUGGGAACUUCUGGACAACUCUGCAUACAGCAAUUUUUGUGACUGCUGUGACUCCACCUGCAAGUCCAGGAAGAUAAGGAGCAUAGCAUCAGGGAAGCAUGGAAUUGCACAAAAAGCAGUUCUUGGGCCACUAACUAUCACUGAUGUAAAUUCCUGAAAUAUCCUCAAGGAAUGGAUCCAUGUUGCGAACUGGUUCCUUUAAUUUGAACUGGGUUUUUAUUAUUGGUUUCAUACGCUUUCUUAAAGCUUAGUGCCUGUCUCUUUGUAUUUCAGGUUGUAAUGUGGCCAUUAAAGAUGUAUCAAACCGUC